ACGACAACCUACAACUACUCGUACACCACCUACACAAACGCCUCGCCCAGCCCUUUCACCAAACCUACAGAGUUCCCGUCUAUAUUCAGCUACGGCCCUGCAGUGGGAUGUGCCUCGAAUUCUGUCGCUCCUGAACAAUCCGCGCAACCAUCCAGCUAUCCUAUCGGCCGACCAGAGGGUCGCAACGGCGGAUGUGUCAUCAGCAACGACGCUGACAUCAACGAUCAUGCUUUCUGGGACAUGUACGCAUGCUGUUCAAGCAACGACUCCACCGCAUCAGGCAGUCCGUUUCCUUGCACAGCGUCGUGCUCGAUCACCGAUGGUCAGAGCUUCUUGGACCUAGGAGAAUGCUUGAGCAAGAGGGUCGAGAUUGUUAUCUGCAGCCCGCCUUUCGACCAAAUUGAUAGGAAUUCGACGGACCCAGACGCAGCUAGCAGUGGUAGUGGCAGCGGCACGGCUGCGCAGUCGACUCCGGCUGGAACGAUGAGUGAGAGCGGAAGUGCAAGCGCCAGCAGCGACACGAGCGCAAGUGCUAGUACUUCAGCUGCGGACUCGACAGGAGCUGCCAGCGCAGUGGGUGUCACACAGGGUGCGUCUUCAAAAGCCGGGCUUUUGCUGUUUGGCAUCAUGGCGUUCGGUUCUGCUGCGGGCAUGCUCUUG